AUGUCCUGCAAGAAGUUCUGCCUCUAUCGGAAAGCUCGACUAACGGAAAACUCGGAUUGGUUAACCCCCGCAGUGGAGAUCUUCGUAUGGGCCCAUCACUUACUGAAAAAUUUUAUAAACUUCUACAAGUUCCACGCGUGUAAAUGUAGCUGCGUGAAUUACGAUGCUGUUCCACUGCACGGGGCCCUGUAUAUCGUGUCCACGGCAAUGACGUCGAUAAUCUGCGGAAACGUGCUAAGGAAAGUGCGACCUGGACUCUUUCGCGACAUGUUCCCUUGCGUUCAGUGUCAGGAUGUCGAGGCUUUUCCAGAAGAUAUUAUUCGCAAAGUUGACGUAAUUCUAACGUGUUUACAAAAAUCCUGCGCCAUCGAGAACAUUAUACGUCAAGUGAAGGAUGUUCUAUAUACUCUGGAGAGGUUAGGUCCACGCGCGAUGUCAGAGAAGCUUCGAAUGUUGUCGCUUCUCCUAAAGGAAAUAAUGCAGAAGCUCAUUUGCUGUGGUCCAGGUUUGGAAGGUACUUUCACCAAUACGCAGGUCAAACUGACGCUAAAUCUUGUGAACAACUUUAUUCGUGAUUGGAGCGAAAAGAGGUCUGGGACGCGACCCUGUCUCAGGAUCUGCAGAUUUUGUGAUCGUGUUAUUAACGAAGCGACUCGACAGUGGGGAGCAUUUUGCUGCACAGAGGCUGAACAAUUGCACACGAUCCUCAAGGAAUGGGUCCUCCGCCAGUCUAUAGCGGAUUGCAUGAAAGACGAUGUACUCACCUGGAAGGCGGUGCCUGGUUCCUCAAAACCCGAACGGUUCGUGGACACGGCGGAGGAUUCGAGGACACGUGGUGUGGUGGAAAUACCGGUGGCUAUGGGUGUCGCGGAUUAUGAGGACACCGAUGCAAGAUUCGCCGACGGACGUAAAAGCCCGAGGGAUAUAGGAGGCCAGGAUCGAGCGAUGAAACAUCGAUCUGUCCGCGAGAUAAGUGAGACACGUCGUGCUGAGGCUGGAGUGUCCUGGAAGAAAACAGAGGUAGAAAGAUCCGACGAUUCCAGCCGGGGGGAUAAAUUUGACAGAGUCGGUAGCAGGGAUUUAACAAAGACGGCGGGUCGUACGUUCCAGGGAAAGAUGAGAGGAGAAAUAAAGAGGGGCCGCAAUAUCGACAGACCCGGCGAGUAUCCUAUCACGCCAGAUGGACGGGAGGAACGUGACGAUGUUCCGUAUAAAAGUAAGCUCGACAAGAUCCGUGGAUCGCGUGGUUUACGUGACACGAACGAGGAACGAGCAGCUGUCGGAAAAAUGAGGAAAAUUAAAAGGGACGUGAAGUAUUCGAGCCGGAAGCGAUUGGAACAUACGGCACUCUCUGGAACGGAAUCCGACAGAAAUAGGGUUGAUCGAUCCAAGUAUGGAGAGAGAAGUCCGUCUGGCACGACGGAGAGAUCAACGGCCAGGGGUAGGAGACAGAGAAGAUUAUACAGGGACACGUUGGAGGACGGUGAAACGGAGAAACGAGGUGAGAGGAUGACCGGUACGGAGUACGAAGAGAGAAGGAGCGAUAGGCGACGCAGGAAGAAGCCACGAAAAGAUGAGGACACGGAAACGGAGGGAAUGGUGGAUACAGGUGAGCACAGGGAGGUUCGCAGGAGCCGGGGGACGAAGGCGGAUGCGCUUGACAGUGGAAGGAAGGGAGUGUCUUAUAGCCCCAGCGAGGAAGAAAAAGUUCGUAAGCGUGAUGGAAAGUGGAAAGGUCGCUCGGGUGGAGAAGGAGAUGAAACUGAUUCUGACUUAACGAAGAAACGUGGCAAGGGUAAACUCGGUGCAAGCAGCACUGAAGAUAAAUCAACACCUGAUUCAAGGGACCAAAGCAAGAAAGUGACGAGUGCGUCCGACAAAAAUGAAUAUGGACGACCCAGUUCGAGUAGAACAGACGACGAUUAUUAUAGCAAGAUAAAUGGAUCUCGUUAUGGCAAACGAAGAACGUCUUCGAAACUUCAGGAUAGUCACAUCGACGAUCGAAGCUCGAUCGAGUACCAAUUAUCAAACCAGCACUUCGUGAAGCUAGGCUGGACCGUGAUCCCUGUUGCCAAAAUCAUGAGGAAAAUUGUUCAAUACCAAGCAAAACCGGCGAAACCACAUCUCAACUGGUUCAAAAAACACGAGUUCAAUGGAAGAUUGUAUUACAACGAUGGACCACAUGUCUUCGUAAAUUUUCUCCCCAAUGGAUCUACAGAAGUAUUUUACCCGAAUAAAAUGGUGGCUAUUAGGCUUCGAAGACCUCAGAACCGAAAAUGUAAUUAUUCAAAGGAAAUAUCAGCAAUAUUUUGA